ACCCCUUCUUGGAAACACUGACGGACGACGGCCAUCUUGAAGUGUAAUUGUUGUCAUGUUUACGUUGUGUGAAAGGUGAAAUUAAUGAGUUUUCAUAGAAUAAUCAGGCCAGCUUUGAUGUAAUUCUGUAUUGGAACAAGUAGACAUUCACUAUGUUUUACGCACAUUUUGUGCUGGCCAAGAAAGGGCCGCUAGCCAAAAUUUGGUUGGCAGCCCAUUGGGACAAGAAGCUGACGAAGGCUCAUGUGUUCGAGACGAAUAUCGAGAAAUCCGUAGAUGGUAUUUUGAAACCUAAAGUGAAAAUGGCUUUGAGGACAUCUGGCCAUCUGCUGCUUGGUGUUGUAAGGAUUUACUCGCGGAAGGCCAAGUAUCUGCUGCAGGAUUGUAAUGAAGCUUUCGUUAAGAUCAAGAUGGCCUUCCGGCCUGGCAUGGUGGACUUGCCUGAGGAGCACAGAGAGGCCGCCAUGAACGCCAUCACCCUGCCUGAGGUGUUCCAUGACUUCGACACUGCCAUGCCAGAGUUGAAUGAGGUUGAUAUUGAGGCGCAGUUCUCAAUGAACCAGUCCCGCGCGGAAGAGAUCACCAUGCGGGAGGACUACGGUUCCCUCAACCUGGUUAACCCAGACGAUGGGUUUGGCGACAUGGGUUUUGACACGGACAACCCGGAUAUCAUGCGAGAGGCUAUUGGCAAUGAGGGAGGGUUGGAACAGUUGUACUCUGCUCACACAGGCAUAACAAAAACCAAGCGCAAACGCAAGCUGAUCGUGGACGAAGUGAAGAACAUAUCCGGCGAGGAAAUGAAGAAUCAGCUGAGCAACACGUCGGACAUCGUGACCACGCUCGACCUAGCGCCGCCCACGCGCCGCCUCAUGCACUGGAAGGAGACCGGGGGAGUGGAGAAGUUAUUCACCCUGCCAGCAAGGCCCAUCCCGUCCAGAGUCUUGUUCAAGAAAUACCAGCGCAACAUGACGCUGCGCAGCGAGGGCGGCGAGGAGGGCGACGCCAAGUCCCCCGAGCACCCCGAGCCCGCGCGCCGCAUGCGCAAGCGCAGGCACGACGAGUCGAUGCUGCCCCCGGACACGCCGGCGCCGGCACCAGACCUAGAACCCCCCACACCUGUACCGCAGGAGUACGAACCUUCAGUCGAGCCGGCGCAGGCGGGCUACCAGACCCCGCGCUCCGAGGUCGACGAGGCCCCGCAGACCCCAGGCAUGCUGAGCGCGCUGGGUCCGCCGCUGACGCCGGGCGGGCUGGGCCCGCUGACGCCGGGCACGCUGCUGCAGGGCGGCAUCACGCCGGGCGGCCUGCCUCACGGCGGCCUCACACCGGGCGGCUUACCGCACGGCGGCCUCACACCAGGUCAGUCACGCUUCUGCUGGGGCGGCAUCACGCCGAGCGGCCUGCCUCACGGCGGCCUCACACCGGGCGGUUUACCGCACGGCGGCCUCACACCAGGUCAGUCACGCUUCUGCUGGGUAGGCUGCCAUACGGCGGCCGCCAUGUCAGUAUUGUCAUGUCUGACGCCGGGCACGCUGCUGCAGGGCGGCAUCACGCCGGGUGGCCUGCCUCACGGCGGCCUCACACCGGGCGGCUUACCGCACGGCGGCCUCACACCAGGAGGCCUGCAACACGGCGGUAUGACGCCAGCGGGCUUGCAGCACGGCGACGGGCACGACUUCGGCCCCAUGACACCCGCCGGCCUGCACCAUGGAGGAAUGACGCCAAUGGGGUUAGACAGCGGAAUGACGCCGGGCGGCCUCGGCCACGGCGGCCUCACGCCCGCGGGCCUGCACCACGGCGGCAUGACACCAGGCGGAUUAGACCACGGCGGCAUGACACCAGCAGGCCUCCAACACGGCGGCAUGACGCCCGCGGGUCUCCAGCACGGCGGUAUGACGCCGGCCGGUCUCCAGCACGGAGGCAUGACACCAGCCGGCUUACAGCACGGAGGCAUGACGCCCGCGGGGCUGCACCAUGGUGGCAUGACGCCCGCUGGGUUGCAGCACGGUGGAAUGACGCCUCAAGGUCUAUCGCACGGCGGCAUGCUGGGCCACGCGCUGGAGCACGCGCAGCUGCCGAUGAUGCCGCAGCUGGGCGGCGACGCGGCCGCCGCGCUGCUGGCGCGCGCGCCGGCCGCGCAGGCGCCGCCCGACCACGAGCUCGGCCACACCGUGCCCAUGGAGCCGCUGCCGCUGCACGCGUUGGACCCCGACUACCAUCAGGGUGGCAUGCAGAUGACCAACUUGGGUUACGAGGACAACAAUGGCCACCAAAGUCCACAGCACGACUACGACUUACCACCCAGUGUUGAAAAUGGCGAGGAGGGCGAACGCGAGGCGGGCGAGACGGACGAGCAGUUCGAGGAGCGCGUGCUGAACCGGCGCGCGGCGCAGCUGUUCGCGGCCAUGCGGCCCAAGCUCGCCGCCGGCCUGCAGCUCGCCUUCAGCGACCUGGCACCCCGCCACAACAACAGGAAACAGGUGGCACAGAAAUUCUAUAGUUUACUGGUUCUGAAGAAACAUCAAGUAUUAAAGUUAGAACAACACGAAACAUAUGGACCUAUUACUAUUAUUAAGGGCGCACAGUUCGAAACGGAAGCGAUCUAAAUGCGAUAAUGUUAUUUAUAUUAGCUAUAAUAAUAUAAAAGAGGAAUAUCUAAAUUAAGAAUGUAAAAGAGGGUAUAAAGAGGUAUCAGUUAUAGUGAUGUUUAUUGAAGUUUUCUACUUCACACAGUACUAGAUUGAGCCAAAAAUAACAAUUGUAAGUUGGCCUUACGAUUCGAGUCCACGGGGCCCUAAAAUGGAAAAUAUUAAUUGAUGGACCAAGGAGCACGCUGAUCUCAGUAAUAAAAAUGGAUACGAUAUAUCACUACUGUACAUGUAACACUCGUCCCGUGGUCUCUAUUCGUAAGCGAUGACAGUUCUUUGAUAGCCACGAGUAGGGAAAUGCCUUAUUUUGUUUUGCUAUAGGUUAAGUCAAAUUAUUGUAAAAAUGUUUACGAAUAACGUUUUAAAUGCUUUCAAGUCGAAGAUAGUAGGUUGCUAUUGUUAAUGUAUCUUGAAUCCCAAAAUUAUGUAAGCGUGUAUUUUUUGUACUGAUCAUGUUAAGGAGAUAAUUGGUAUGCAUGUUUGCAGAGUGCAUCUAUUCUCAAGGAAAUGUAGGAUAUUGUAGAAAAUGUGGCGAGGUGUACUGCUGCAGUGUGGGUUUAGAUCUGGGCCUUGGCGGGCCUAACACUGGGGACCUGAAUUCGAACACUCUUUAUUAAUAUUUUAAGACAUUGUCAAUAUGGGUACUUCAACAUCUUCAGCAAAAGCCAUUAAGGGUGAUGAAUACUGAUCAUUUUUGCCACUCGGAAGUAUGCGAUAUCGGAAUUGUAUAUUAUAUUAUAAUGUAGUAAUAUUUAUAAAUAAAUAAUAAGAGGAUACACACAGAAUUUCCUUAUUGUUAGAUGUCAGCUUUUAGAAUGCUUUUAAAUCGGUACAUAACUUAUAUCGGAUUAUAUAGAAUGCGCGAAUAAGUUGCGACUUGCGAGAUAUUUCGUGUGUAAUAGUAGUGAAAUUACUCCUCCUUACGUCGAAAUCUGUGUUCAAAUGCCACGAAUGAUGUUGUAUGAUGUGAUGGCUUGGAGAACAUAUUACAAUUAUUGUACCAUAACGUUGAUACAGACUGGAUUGACAGCUAAUCAAAUUUUCGACUAUUAAUAGUGGGAAAGACACCCUACGUUUAGUAGUGAAUUAAGUUUCUCAUCCGCUUCCAAGCUCCACACUGUAUACUCGUACCAUCAUCGUGUGAUUCAAGUAAAUGCCUUAUCGUAAUCUUUGCAAUAUCACUGUUAACAUUAGUUUCUUUUUUUAGUCACAUAGAUAUUUCAAACUUGCAUGUAAAUUAAAAACUAUUACGUUUUGCCAGGAUACUUGUGUUGGUUAGAUAAGUACAACAAUAACGUCAAUGUGGCUAACAAUUAAGCUAAUUAAUAAUAUUUGUUUCUACGAUAUACCGCUGUUUUAUUAGCGCUAGGUAUAAGUUGACGCUGCUAUAGUAUUUACAUUAUACCAUAUUUUAUGUAUCGUUUAUUCGAAUUGUUAGUAUUAGCUUAAAUAUUGCACAUUGCGAGUAUAGUGUGGUUGAAGAAAUUAAAUUAAGAUCUUUAUCUAGAUAAAUUAGUCUUGACCCCGAAAUGUACAAGAAUUUAGAGUGAUAUUGUAUGAACACCAACAACCUUCCAUAAAUAAAUAUAAGUUUGUGGGGCUAGAAUAGUUGUUACAUUUCUUUGAGAACGAUGUUUUUUUGUGUUUUUUGACAUAUCAAAGUGGAUCCAUUCCACAUUUUUUUGGAUUGUAUUCAUUUUGGAAACUCAUUUAAAAUUAUGUGUAAAAAUUAUAACGCAUUAUAAAUGCCAGGCACUUUUACCAAAUCUUUCAGUUGACUAAUUAAUAUUUAAGUGAUUACCUCCGCUACGCAUUGAGGUAUGCCUUCACAUCUACGAGAGCGUUCUCUACCGGCGGGGGUAGUAACUUAGAUUUAGAUUUUUUUCGUCAUAAAACUUUCUGUAUUUGCAAUAAAUUUGUUAAUAAAA